UAAAACACACCUUGGACCAACGGAGGCAUAGUUCGAGUCGGAUACGGCUCCGUUCCCAGUUUCUCACAUCGCAUCGCUGAAAUUUUCGUCGUCUUGGAGGAAGGAAGGAACCAAUGGCUACGGAGGCAGCUCCGAUGGACGAAAAGGCGAAGAGAAUGAGAGAUCUAUUGUCGAGCUUUUACGCUCCGGAUCCUUCAAUCUCGACGAGUGGUUCAUCGAUCAGCGCCUCUUUCGAUAACAUCAACAGCACUUCAUUCGAUGCUGAUCAGUACAUGGAUCUCAUGAUUAAAAAGUCGAAUCUGGAGGUGCUUCUGCAAAGACAUGUUCAAAUGGCUGCCGAGAUUAAAAAUCUUGACACAGACUUGCAAAUGCUAGUCUAUGAAAAUUACAACAAGUUUAUCAGUGCUACAGAUACCAUCAAAAGGAUGAAGAGUAAUAUUUUUGGGAUGGAAGGCAAUAUGGACCAGCUUCUUCAGAAGAUAAUGUCAGUGCAAUCAAGGAGUGAUGGGGUCAAUACUUCUCUUUUCGAAAAAAGAGAACAUAUAGAGAAACUGCACCGGACACGUAAUCUUCUUCGUAAAGUUCAGUUCAUCUAUGAUUUACCUGCAAGACUGCAAAAAUGUAUCAAGUCAGAAACCUAUGGCGAUGCUGUCAGGUUCUAUAUUGGAGCAAUGCCAAUUCUCAAGGUAUAUGGUGAUACAUCAUUCCAAGACUGCAGACGAGCUUCGGAAGAAGCUAUAGAAAUCAUCAUAAAGAACUUGCAGACAAAGCUAUUUUCAGAUUCAGAAUCCAUACAGGCGAGAGCUGAAGCUGCAGUGCUUCUUAAGCAGCUGGAUGUUCCCGUUGAUAGCUUAAAGGACAAACUGUUGGAAAAGCUGGAACAAUCUCUUGAUGGUCUUCAAAUUAAGCCUGAGGAAGCAAGUUUACUUGCGGAGCAGAAUGAUUCAUCUAAUGAUGCGGAAAGCAAUGAGCAACAUCCUGCUAAAAUUCAUGAGGAUGCUGUGCGUGGAUUUUCUGAGGCCAUGCGUGCUUAUCGAGAAAUAUUCCCCGACUCAGAAGAAAGACUUUUUAAACUCGCGAGAGCCUUAACUGCAAUGCACUUUGAGAACAUGGAUCUAUAUAUAAGAAAGCGGGUUUCUGCAGCAGAUUUUCUUCGAAUUUUUCGAAUCAUAUGGGAAGAUGUGGUACUUAUGGACGAGGUGCUACCUGAGGCUGAGCUCUCUGAUUUAUCUGCAGAGGCUGCCCAGGUCACUGUUAAGAAAUUCGUUGCAAGGACGUUUUCUCAUCUUGAACAGGAUAUAUCAGAUACCAUCUUGAAGUUUGAUAUCAACCAAAAGGAAGCAGUAGAGGAGGAAGUCUUGAAGGUUGUCCUAGAAGCUAGUAAAAAGGCAGGGCUACAAGGCACCACAGAUAUAUUCCAGGACUUCCGUCAGCUUCUUGAUGAAAACAUUGGAAUAUUUGUCAAGAUGAAGGACUUAAUCAUUGGCUGGAUUCAGAAUGGAUUUCAAGACUUCUUCAGGUCACUUGAAGCUCAAUUUCUAGUACUUUCUGGAAAAACUAGCUCAUCAAAGGAGAUUGAAGGAGGUUUGGUAGAGGGAAAAUCGAGUGACAAAAUCCAUGCUGGUCUCAUCCUUGUAUUGGCGCAGCUCUCUGUCUUCGUCGAACAAAAGGUCAUCCCGAGAGUUUCUGAGGAAAUAGCUGCUUCCUUCUCUGGUGGAAAUUCCCAAGCCUUUGAGAAUGGACCUGCUUUUAUUCCUGGAGAACUAUGCCGGGUCUUCCAUGCAGCCAGCGAAAAGCUUCUCCAGCAUUACAUAGACACAAGAACACAGAAGAUAUCUGUUUUAUUGAGGAAAAGGUUCAAGACACCAAACUGGGUUAAGCACAAGGAGCCACGAGAGGUUCACAUGUAUGUCGAUAUGUUUCUUCACGAGUUAGAAGAGGUUGGUAAAGAAGUGAAACAAGUUUUACCUCAAGGGACAUUUCGGAAGCACAAGAGAACAGACAGCAACGGAAGCAACACUACAACUUCAUCACGGAGUAAUACACUCCAUAACGAUAAGAUGACACGGUCGAAUUCACAAAGAGCUCGUAGUCAGCUUUUCGAGACGCAUCUUGCAAAACUGUUCAAGCAAAAAGUAGAAAUAUUCACCAAGGUUGAAUUUACCCAGGAAUCAGUUGUUACAACAACAGUGAAACUCUGUUUGAAGAGUUUGCAAGAAUAUGUCCGGCUCCAAACGUUUAACCGCAGCGGGUUCCAGCAGAUUCAGUUAGACAUUCAGUUCUUGAAAGCUCCUUUGAAAGAAACAGUUGAGGACGAAGCUGCAAUUGAUUUCUUGCUCGACGAGGUGAUCGUUGCGGCUUCUGAGAGAUGUCUUGAUGUGAUUCCACUGGAGCCACCAAUCUUGGACAAACUCAUACAAGCUAAACUCGCUAAAUCAAAGGAGCACAACAACAACAACAACACAGUUUCCUCUUAAAAAUUGUUAUAACUCAAAAGAAAGUGUGUCAUGAUUUUUGCCAAUUUUUUCCCGCUUCUUGUUAUAUCUUCCGUAGUGUAAAUCAAAACCAUCAAAUUGAUAUGUAUUUUCCAGAAACUCUCUAGUGUUAAACCAAACCCGGUUUAAGUUGCUUUGA